CACUUGCGUGUGCAAGCAAUGUGCACAUUGACAAACAACUGCUUUGUACGAUCUUUUGGUAAACUUUUGUAAACUACAAACUGUUAUUACUUUGUGCUUGUUGAAACGUUGUUGGAACUGAGUAUGCGGCAAGGUUGUCGACUUUGUGGGGCAUUUUCGCGUCCUACUAAAACUGCUUCGCCAGGCGUACUAAUUGGAGCGUUGCGGAGGCAAUGUUUCCUCCAGGAUUACAAUGUCAAUAAUCAUCGAAAAUUGUGUCAGUCGAGUGCUCAGUGUUCUGGACAAUUUGGGGUGGGUACAGGGAAACAGGCACGCUUGGCCGUGGACUUGGAAUCUUCGGCGGAGCGGUUCAUGAUGAGCAACAACCUCAAACCAAAACAGCACCCCGGUGUUUUUCAUCUCACAAGAAGGUCGCUCCCCCCCAAAUUCAUCGAGGCUGCUCAGCGUGUCUUGUCCCAUGAAAAUCUCUCAAGAUUGUUGGAGUCGACAUCCGCUUUUCGAAAUUAUUUGUGGUCUCGACAUCUACCAAUUGAAGAAGCAGAAUAUAGGCAAAAGGUUGAAAAAGUCGAGGAUAAUAUUCAAAUAAAGGAAGACAUCAUGCGACCGUUCUUAAGCGCUGAACAGCUCGAAAAACUUGAAGCUGCUCGUGAUGGCAAGAUUAAAAAUCAUUUGAAACGGGAUAUCUAUCAUUGGGAGGCCAUUAACUACGACAAAGCUAAAGCGUUACAAUAUCUACUAGUUAGGUCGGCAGGCGAGUAUGCCGCAUUACUUCAGAUAUUUAGUGAAAUUCAACGCAGGGAUAAUCAAUUUCAACCAAAUACCCUAUGUGACUUUGGUUCCGGGAUAGGUACCACGGUUUGGGCAAGUAAAACCGUGUGGCCAAAAAAUGUCCAAGAAGUGUUAUGUGCAGAUGUGUCAAAAGAGAUGAAUGAACUUGCUGAACGACUUUUGAGAGGUGGAAGUAUGAACAACGAUCAUGGGUUCCCAGCGUUAUAUUUUAGACAAUUUUUGGCACAGUCUUUCAAAGUGUCGUACGAUUUGGUAGUAAGUGCCUAUUCUUUGAUGGAACUUCCUUCACUGAAACAUAGACUGAAAGCUUUAGACAUUUUGUGGAAGAAAACAAACAACUAUUUGGUGAUUGUGGAACAGGGAUCUAGUGCCGGAUUUAAGGCUAUAAUAGAAGCAAGAGACUAUAUCUUAGAACUUGACAAAGGUCAUAAAAGUGAACUGUCUCACGUAUUUAGUCCUUGUCCACAAGAAAGUCCAUGCCCAAGAUUUGUUCAUGACGAUAGUACUUGCAACUUUUAUGUGAAACAUCAAGUAUUGUACCCAUUUCAUCAAGAUAAUACGGGAACGGAAACAUUUUGUUACGUAGUUCUGAAGAAAGGUCCUCGAGACCCCGAGGAUGAAAGGUGGCCACGAGUCGUUCGGGAUUCAAUGAUAAGAAAAAAACACUGUAUUUGCAGAGUUUGUACUAACGAAGGGCAGUUGGCUGAAGUACUGCUCACCAAAAAUAAGCACUCUCAAAUGUUAUAUCGCGUGGGAAGAAAGAGCAAGUGUGGUGAUCUUCUCCCCGUCAAAGAAAUUAAAGACCACGAUGUAUCCACACAGUUUGAACCUGAAGAACUAAACGACUUUGUCGAUUCAGAGGUGACCCCGGGUCCUCCAGGAAGAAGAACUCCUGCCAACGCCAGAGAGGAAAUAGAAGGAUAAGAUAAAGUAGUAUCUGACACGCCAUCAUCUUUGUACGAAGACGUGGAAGGCGCUAUGAGGUUGGUGCGGGUGGUUGUUUGUUCUGUGAUGAUUGUUCCAUUUUUCGGUUUACAUUCACUCCAAUACGGAUGGGAAAAUUGAAUGAAAAUGAAAAUUCUAAAAUAAUUAAAAGUGUAACGUUUCAUGCUUGAAUUAAGUUAUCUAAUUGUUCUCUAACAAACGUCGUAUGACAAUUUCAUGACGCUCAAACAACACAAUGAACAACCUAUUCCAGGAGAAAAGCAAGAAUUUCGUGUUCGUGCCCACGUUAUCAUCAUCACUAUUUGCGUGAUCAUAAUCGAAAUCUGAUAAUUAUACAAUUUGUAGCGUUUGAAUUAUUUAAUACUAAUGAGCAUCGUUUAAUCACGUCUACGAGAAUAAUUAGGACAGUGCGAAUGUACCACGAAAAAUAAUGCAAUGUGGAGGAGUUGGUAAACUCUAGGUUCACAUCAGCAACACUAAUUAUGACGAUUAAUUAAUUAUGAUUGCAAGAGAACAAGGGUUAUUAUCACAUAAUGUGGGAUGAUAUAAUACGCUGCUGAGACACUAAUAAUAUGUGUGUAUGCAAUAUAUUUUUAGUUAAUUUCCGUUCAUCCGAGUGUCAGAUGUCAUUUAUAAAAUUACUUGAAAAAUUUGAAUAUAUAUCAAAAAUCAUUAGUUUAGUUUAUUAUAUAUAAGGUCAUCGAUUAAAUGACUCAAAAUGUGACAAUUGUCAAGAUUGAAAAUAUUAAAACGAAUGAACCAUGAAAACGUGUUUCAAAUACAAAGAUAUAUGUACACCAAGUAUUUCACAAUAAAAUUAAUGAAAUAAUCAA